AGAAAGGGGGGGAAAGAGACACCCUGCUCUGUUAACAGGGGGCCAAAAAAUAGAAAUAAACUCAGAAAAUAACGCACAAAAUAACAGCUUAAAACUUGUGGUGGAGGAUCUCGGCGUGAGAAUGCGGAUUACGACGUUUUAGCGGACCGUGCGGCUAGCAUCGCGGAUGGGGAUUUGCGGGCGUUUUUUUUUUUUUUUUUUUUUUUUUUUUUGAUGGAUUAAAACGGGGGGAAUAAACCGGGAUUGACAGCGAGCAACAAGGCUAUUUAAUCGCUAAUUAAAGAGGCAUGGCUCAGAUGAGGAAGCUGGCAUGUGACGGCGUCAGGACAACCCCCCGCGGCGAGCCACAGGUGUCAGCCAGGCAGGAGAUCCUCACCAGCCUGGUGUCGGCUCUGGAUUCUGUGUGCAUGGCCAUGGCUAAGCUCAACGCGGAGGUGGCGUGUGUGACGGUGCACGAGGACAGCGUGAUCGCCGUGGGAACAGAGAGGGGCCGAGUGUUCCUGAACUCCAGGAGGGAGAUCCAGACGGACUUCUACAAGUUCUGCCGGGCGCCAUGUCUGCAGAAUCCCACCACAGCAAACACACAUACCAAAGAGCAGGAGGGGGAUCUGAGCAAAGUGAGYAAAGAGGGAGAACACGGGAAACCAAGAGCUCCAUCCGACGCUCAGUCCAACAUYUUUGUCCUGAGGAAGAUGGUGGAAGAAGUCUUCACUGUGCUUUACAGUGAGGCUGUGGGGAAAAGCAGCCUGGUYCCUGUGCCUUACGAGUGGCUGCAGAAAGACCCGGGGUGCGUGGUGGCUCACGGUUUGCCCGAGGGCGUCGCCCUGAAGAAACCCUCAGAGUACGACACCAAGACGCUGAUGAAGAUUCUGGAGCAGAGCCACCGGAUCCACUUCACAGUGAAAAAACAAACUGAAGAGUCGCCUCGAGAAGCCAAGUCCAGCGCAGAUGUCAGCAGCAGCUCUUCCACCGCCGUCAUGACGCAGAGCAGCCACGCUCCAGGAAAGACAUCUGGCCAGGCAGUCACCUCGGCCAGUCCUGCCACCUGCAGCAACUCGGUCCUGUCAAACUUCCUGUACGGCAUGCCAAUGUCCUCCAAACCCCACCCAGACUGCAAGCUGGACUUCAAACCCACAUCCCUCCUCAACCUGGGCAAAGAGCGGCUGGCCAACUGGACAGCUGGGACAGAGAAGACCUCGACGGUGAAGGACGGCGCCGGCAGCGACGAGCCGGCACGACUGCCUGGUGAGCCGGGUCAGAGCCCCCCGGGGGUCCACAUCUCUAAGAGGCUCCUGUUCUCCAUCGUGCAUGAAAAAUCAGAAAAAUGGGACUCGUUUAUUCGGGAAACAGAAGACAUCAACACGCUGAGAGAAUGUGUUCAGAUCCUGUUCAACAGCAGAUACGCCGAGGCACUGGGUCUGGAUCACAUGGUCCCCGUCCCAUACCGCAAAAUCGCCUGCGACCCCGGAGCCGUGGAGAUCAUCGGCAUCCCCGAUCAGAUCCCCUUCAAGAGGCCGUGCACGUACGGCGUGCCCAAGCUCAAACGCAUCCUGGACGAGCGCCACGGCAUUCGAUUCAUCAUCAAAAGAAUGUUUGAUGAAAGGAUUUUCACUGCUGCUGGCAAGAUGGCAAAAGAGGAGGGGAAGCUUGACCUGGGCGCCACAACUGAGGACGGCUUCUCCGACAACCUGAGCCUCCCGCUCACCGCCGUCGAGCUGCUCAGCAACCCUCACAGCAGCAGAUCAACGAGUGCUUGUGUGAGUCCCCAAGCUGACUAUGAAGCAGGUCCUUUGGGUCCUUCAGGUCCUUCAGGUCCUUCAGGUCCUGCAUGUGACGGCGUUCCUCUGAGGAGGAUCAAAACUGAGCCUCCUGAUGGGGAAGUUGUUCAACUCACAGUGCCUGAGGCUGGCCCGAGCGGGGAGGAGCCCAGCGAGCCUGUGAGCGAGCCCCUUUCAGGUCCAGUCACAGCCUCGCCCUCCGCACCCCCUGCUCCUCUGGCUUCUUCAGCUCCUCAUCACCCGAUGGAAAACCACUCAGUUGAGUCUUUAUCGCCCGGCGCGGCCCCUCAGACCAUCAGAAGACCCUCUGAAGCCGGCAGUCUGGUGGAGGACAUCGGGGAGAUGAUCCUGCAGCUCCGGAGACACGUGGAGAACCUGUUCAGCAUUAAGUUCGCUGAAGCUCUGGGCCUUCCAGAACCGGCCACGGUGCCGUACUCCAAGUUCCAGAUGUACCCGGAGGAUCUGUACGUCACGGGGCUCCCAGAGGGAAUCUCCCUGCGAAGGCCCAACUGCUUCGGGGCGGCCAAGCUGCGCAGGAUCUUAGCCGUCAGCAGUCAGAUCCAGUUUGUCAUCAGAAGGCCCGAGGUUCUGACGGAACAUGUGAAACAAGAGAUGCCUCCUAUGCCCGUCUGCGACGCAGAGCUGGACGGCCCGGACGUGACGGCAGGACCAGAGGACGCAGCAGCUUUGUCCAAGAGACCCGGAUUCUCAGAGUGCAUGGAGUCCAAGCUGUCCCGGAUCGACCUGGCCAACACGCUGCGGGAGCAGGUCCAGGACCUGUUCAACAGAAAGUACGGCGAGGCGCUGGGCAUCAAGUAUCCAGUCCAAGUGCCUUACAAGAGGAUCAARAACAACCCGGACUCGGUCAUCAUCGAGGGCCUGCCCCCCGGGAUCCCCUUCAGGAAGCCCUGCACCUUCGGCUCRCAGAACCUGGAGAGGAUCCUGGCGGUCGCCGACAAAAUCAACUUCACCAUCACCAGGCCGUUUCAAGGACUGAUUCCCAAACCAGCACCGCGGCGAGUCACUUUACUGAAGAAGGCCUACGCCUCGAUAAGCGGUGAGGAGGAAAGCAGUUUCUCUGACUGCAGAGACGACAAUGCUUCACCGCUGUUCUCCAUCUCACCGAGGUCCGAUUCUGUUCUCCUGACAGACGAGGACGACCUGAACCGCAUGGGAGAGAAGGUGGUCCUCCGGGAGCAGGUCAAGGAGCUGUUCAACAAGAAAUAUGGUGAGGCUCUGGGGUUGGACCGUUCCGUGGCGGUCCCAUACAAACUGAUCCGCGGCAGCCCCGAGUCCGUGGAGGUGGGCGGGCUUCCAGACGACGUCCCCUUCAGAAACCCCAACACCUACGACAUGGUGUGCCUGGAGAAAAUCCUGCAGGCUGCAGACAAACUAACRUUCAGCAUCAAGAGCCAGCUGCAGCCGUUCUCAGAGCUGUGCAGCCAGGCCUGCAACACAGUCAGAACAAACACCUCAACCAACCGACGGAAACGGAAGAGAGUCCAGGAGAGCAGCCGGGUUCCCGCCUCCGCCGACGAGCUCGGCCUGUCCACCAAUCAGAUUCCAGUCAUGCAGUGGCCCAUGUACAUGGUGGACUACAGCGGAGUCAACGUUCAGGUUCCUGGGAAAGUGAAUUACUGAUCAGCAGCAGCAGUUUGUCGUGGUUUGGGACUCUUUCAGCACAGAGCCUAGCAGAAAGCGAUCUGAUGGGACUCUGAACGAGCCGAGAGGCAGAACGGGAAAACGCUGCGAGGCUAAAGUUCGGCUCGUUUUCUGACUCAAGCCUUCACUCGGUGCAGACAGGACCACCGUCACUUCCCCUUCUAAAAGGAGGUCACCACCCUGAUUUCUUUUGAUUUUGGAAACUUCACUAAAAAAACGUUUUCACGUUUGCAUUAAAAAAAAAGUCCUUCCACUGCGGCACAUUGUUAGCUGCGACAUAUGACUGACACAUCCUCUGGUUCCUUAAUAUUCAGAUAUUUGUACUUUUUAUUUAUUAUAUUUAUUGACAUAUAAGAUUUUUGUGCAGGGAUGUAAAAUAUAUUCUGUUACAGCUCGAUGAGGAACUCUCACAACACUAACCUACGACCGUCUGAUUUCUCUGACCGCAGUCAGGCGAGAUAAAAAAAACAGCAGCUCCUACCUGGUUAACGGGACUUUUCUACGUUCCCGCCCACAUUAACGUGUAAAAUCUGUGGUUUUAACGUCAGCCUGAAUGUAUGAUGUAAAGAACAGAAUGGUAUGUUACUCUGCGAUGACCGUCUCUGGACUAACUCUAUUUAAUAUGCUGUACCUUAAUGCCAGUUAGGCCUUUCAAAUAAAAUGUGUUGCCUUGCACUUUGA